GAGGGCUAUUUUCAUAGCUGGCUCCUCGUGUAUUAUCUGGAGCGGCUCUUAAGCUUUUCUGCCUCUCAACAGCACCUGCCGUUGCUGCAUCACUGUACAACCGGCCGCUUCACACGCGCAAUUGAUAUGCCAGGGUCCAGGAAUCCUUAUCAGUCGAUAGCUGACGCGGAGCUAUGCUCGGAGGCGUUUGCGAGGAAAGAAGACGAGAAAGACGAAUUGAGCAAGCUCAGGAACGAAUUCAUUAUCCCCACGAAAGGUGAUCUCAAGAACAAGAAGUAUGGGUUCCAGCGAAAGACGAAAGGAGCAUCAGGUGCAUCAGGAGCAUCAGGAGCACCAGGUGCAUCAGGUGCAUCAGGUGCAUCAGAUGCAUUAGGAGCAUCGUACGAUGGCCAAGCAGCGGCACAGGACGACGAUGACGAAGAGUCGGUGUACCUCUGCGGCAACUCGCUCGGUCUGCAGCCGCGGAGAACAAGAGACUAUGUGAACAGGUACCUGGACACCUGGGCUUCGAAGGGUGUCUUUGGCCACUUCACAGACUACGAGGGAGGCUUGCCACCAUGGUUGCACCUGGACGAUGCCACCAAGCAGCAGUCAGCCAAGAUUGUUGGCGCACUCCCGAGCGAAUGUGUCGUCAUGGAGACUCUGACAGCGAACCUUCAUCUUCUGAUGUCGAGCUUCUACCGUCCGACCGCAGACCGGUGGAAGAUCAUCAUUGAAGGCAAGGCCUUCCCUAGCGACCACUACGCUGCCCUCUCGCAAAUCGCUCACCACAAUCUCGACCCGUCCGCCCUCAUCACCAUCGAACCGCCCUCUGCCUCUUCACCCUACCUCUCCACCGAGCACAUCCUAUCCGUAAUCUCCAAACACGCCGCCACCACCGCCCUCGUCCUGCUGCCAGGCGUACAGUUCUACUCGGGUCAAUUCCUCGACAUCGAGCUCAUAACGCGCCACUGCCACUCCAACGGCAUCCCUAUCGGCUGGGACCUCGCCCACGCAGUCGGCAACGUGCCCGUUAAGCUGCACGACUGGAACGUCGACUUCGCAGCAUGGUGCAACUACAAGUACAUGAACGGCGGGCCCGGCGUAAUCGGCGGCCUCUUCGUGCACGAGCAGCACGGCAAAGUCGAUGCACGCCCCACCAAGUCGUCAGAAGCCACUGACACCACAAACGGAAAAGCGAGUGGUGGUGAUGAUGACGAUGGUAAGAAUGACUUCAGCGAGACCCAGCUCACCUACCGCCCCCGUCUCAGCGGCUGGUGGGGCAGCGACAAAUCCUCCCGCUUCGCCAUGGAAAACAAAUUCGUCCCUAUCCCCGGCGCGUCGGGCUUCCAGCUCAGCAACCCGUCAGCGCUGGACAUGACAUCCGUGCUCGCCUCGCUCGACGUCUUCAGCCUGACCACCAUGGACGCACUGCGCGAGCGCAGCGUACGGCUGACUGGGUACCUGGAGGCGCGUCUGCUGAGCUAUGAUGGCGGAGAACCUCCCUACAAGGUUAUCACGCCGAGCAAUUCUACAGAGCGCGGUGCGCAGCUCAGUGUCCUGCUUAAUCCGGGACUGCUGGAUAGCGUACAGGCGUACAUUGAGGAGCGCGGUGUGGUAGUUGAUGAGCGGAAACCAGACGUUCUCCGUGUCGCUCCUGCGCCUCUGUACAACAACUUCCACGACAUCCACCGCUUUAUCACGAUCUUCCAUGAAGCGUGUCGUAGAGCUGUUGCUGGUAAGAUGCAGACGCGCGGUGAAUCGGGUGUGCCCGAGGCGAUUGCUGCGACUUGAGCUCGUAGACAGUAUUCCGUUCGUAGGCCGGGGAUGGGGAGAUGAUGGUCGAGGUGCAUGACAUGUCUGAUUCGUUUUCUAAAGGCAACUUAUACCCAAGCAACAUGUGUUUAUUUCUCACAACAGCACAACCAGUACAAAAGUCGGCGUCUCUAGAGGACACCAUAUAAUCGUAAUAUCAGAAGC